AUGAAUUACACCGACGAAUCUGGCCUCAGCCAUUUUCAUUUGGCCUGCAACUGGAGCUGCGGCAAAGUCGUUGUUGAGAAAUUUUUGAAGUCCGGACAAGAUCCCAAUUGGCUCUGGCAAGAAACAGGCGAUUCGCCGCUCCACGUGGCCCUAGCCUUCAACAGAAAAGAAGCGGCUGAAUUGCUGUUGAGAAAUGGCGCCGAUCCGAAUUUAGCCAAUUCAAAGGGUUCAACGCUCCUGCACAUCAUUUGUCAGAAAGACAACGACAUUGGCUUAGCUGACAUUCUAUUUGAGAUAUGUGACGCUAAAGGUUUAACGGUGCAGGUUAAUUCUUUGGACAAGUUGGGUAUGACACCGCUGCAAUUAGCCGUGGUGAAUCUUUUGCCGAGAAUAGUGGAUCUACUUUUGGAUCGCGGUGCUGAUCUGUCUGGCUUCGUUUUUCCCACCGAUUGUUACACUGGUAAUUUUAAAUUAGCACGAAUGUCUCUCCUGCUGGCCGUUAUCGAACGUCUAGAGAAGAGGGGCUACAAAUUGUACCAAAACGACGCCUUAGCGAUCAUGAAGUUGUUCUCAGACAACGGACUAUUCAAGAAGUCGACGGGUUCUAACGAAUGUUGGUACAACGACGAGGAGUUCGCGACAGAAGCGAAAAAAAUAAUAAUGAUGAACUCGAGCUUGACUCUUUACGAUGUGUUUCAACUACGACCAUGGGAGGCGGCAAAACUGCUCUCGUACUCGGACUACGUGAGGUUCGAGACCUUGCACGAAUCAUUGAUAUACUCUCCAAAGAAAUUAGAGAUGCUUCUGCUUUGCGUCUAUGCGAAAUAA